AUGUUCAAUGGCCCUCCACCAGCAGGACCUAUGGGCAUUGACCCUUUGAGGAGCGUCGCCAAAGAAAUGAAGUUCAUGACGGGGAAUAUAAGACAGCUGCUGGGCUCGGGGCAUCCAAUGCUGGAUACGGUCUCGAAAUACUACACACAGUCUGAGGGCAAAUACAUUAGGCCAAUGCUUGUGCUACUGAUGUCGCAAGCUACAGCGCUACUGCCACGAAGUCCGCGAUCCGAGAACAGUCUCAAAGAUGCUGUCGAUGCACCCAUAACAUCGUCCUCCGUGCUCAACGAUACAAACCCCGACUCACCUCUCACAGCCUCGAGCGUUGAGAGCAGAGACUUUGCCAACGACCCUUCGAUACGUCCCUCUCAACGUCGAUUAGCAGAAAUUACCGAACUCAUCCAUACUGCGUCGCUUCUCCACGAUGACGUUAUCGACACCUCGGUAUCAAGACGAGGAAACCCAUCUGCGAACAUUGCCUUUGGUAACAAGAUGGCUGUGCUAGCGGGUGACUUCCUCCUCGGGAGAGCUUCAGUCGCACUUGCCCGAUUACGCGAUCCGGAAGUCACAGAACUGCUUGCGACUGUCAUCGCCAACCUUGUGGAAGGAGAGUUCAUGCAGCUCAAGAACACCGCGUUGGACGAGAAGCAUCCUGUGUGGACGGAGGAUACUGUCAGUUACUACUUGCAAAAGACAUACCUCAAGUCGGCCAGCUUGAUCAGCAAGUCUUGUCGUGCGGCUGCGUUGCUCGGUGAGCAUCCAAUGGAGGUCGUCGAGGCAGCCUAUCAGUAUGGCAAGAACCUGGGACUGGCCUUCCAGUUGGUGGAUGACAUGCUUGAUUACACCGUGAGUGGACAAGAGCUUGGAAAGCCAGCGGGUGCAGACUUGGAACUCGGACUUGCCACAGCUCCACUGCUCUUCGCAUGGAGAAACAACAAAGAGCUCGGUACGCUCGUAGGCCGGAAAUUCUCGGAGGAGGGCGAUGUGCAAAAGGCACGAGACCUCGUCAUCCAGAGCGACGGCAUUGAGCAGACGCGCGCACUUGCGCAAGAUUACGUCGACAAGGCAGCUCGCGCCAUAUCAGGUUUCCCAGAGAGUGAGGCCAAGGUCGGCCUGAUCGAUAUGUGCUCGAAGGUGAUGUCGCGGAGGAAGAUCGACGUCUCCUCGCGCCUCCGCCGCGCCAUCCUCCUCAACGACCCCCUCCUCGUCCGCCGCAUAAUCACAAACACCCCCACCAUCCUCCCAAACCCAGACUUCGAAGAAAAAUCCAACACCUCCCUGCACCUCGCCGCCGCGAACGGCUUCACCGAAAUCGCCAACCUCCUAAUCCUCGCCGGGCAUGACAACCACGAAAUCUCGCGCAACGCGGACUACGACACGCCGCUGAUGCUCGCGGCGCAGAAUGGGCACUUCGAGGUCGGGACCAUGCUCGCGAAGAGGUUCCCGCGGUGUAUCGGGUUCGUGAACCGGAAGGGUUUGGAUGCGCUAGCUCUCGCGGCGAGGGAGCCGGGCUCGACGGCCUUGAUUCCCAUCCUGCUGCAAGACCCGCACUACCCGGCCUCGCCGCACUCGAGGGAUUUGGACGGGAAUACACCGCUGCACCACGCGUCGGCGUCGGGGUCGCUGAAGGCGCUGAGGAUUUUGUUGGCGGCGGGGGCGAACCCGCUCGCGAAGAAUAAUUACGAUUGGACGCCGUUGGCGUACAGUCAGACGGUGGCGGCGGAGGUGUAUUUCAAGAAUCUUGUGGCGGAGUUUGAGAGGCGGAAGGCGGAGGGGGUGAAGAUUAGUGAGGAGAGGGAGAGGGCGCGGGUCGGGGGUGUGAGGGUUGUGGAGGAUGGUGCUGGUGGGGAGGGGGAGGGGGAUGAUGAUGUGGAGGCGAUUGGGGAUGCGCUCAAAAGGCAUUGGAGUCCGGUGGAGAGGAAGAGGCCGAUAACGCCGGGAGGGGGAGGGGAGGGUGUCCCUAGGAUCCAUGAGUGGGGGAGUACGAUGACGCAUGUACGGACGAGGUCUGCUAGUGGGGAGUGA